CAGCUUUGGUCGCACGCAUUUCUGCGAACGGUUGGGGCAUGCACUCGUCUCGGCGCCUCGACGCCGCCUUGCGCGCCGCAGCCAAGACCCACGCCUGGUUACUGAAAUCGGGGGACGCCCUCGACCCUUGCACCUGGAAUAAAGUCCUCGCCUCUUACUCCAAGAGCGGUGGGCUCGUCGAAGCCUGCAAGUUGUUCGAUGAAAUCCCACUGCGAGACACCGCUUCGUGGAACUCCCUCAUCGCUGCCCAUGUCCUGUCUCAGGCGCACCGGCAGGCGUGGUCCGUGUUCAGGACCAUGCUGUCCGAGGGUCUGCCCUUCGAUCAGUACACCUUUGGAAGCGUCCUCAAGUCCGUCGCCUGCGCCGCCCGGCUCGACCUCGGCCGUCGGGUGCAUGCUUUGAUCGUGAAGUCGAGCUUCGACCGCAACGUGUUCUCCGGUAGCGCGCUGGUCGACAUGUAUGCAAAGUGCGGUCGGAUUCGAGAGGCUGUUAUGGCCUUGGAGCUCAUGCCAGAGCGGAGCGUCGUCUCCUGGAACGCAGUGGUUGCGGGUUAUGCACGGGCCGGAGAUGCUAAAGCUGCCUUCCAUGUUUCGUGCCGGAUGGAGAGAGAGGGCGUGACGCUGGACGAGGCCACUUUUGCCAGCCUCUUGACGUUGCUGGACGGGAUUGCGGAUUACGGACUGAUGUCCCAAGCGCAUGCUAAGAUCGUGAAGUGCGGCAGAACGGCAGAUACCAUCGUGUAUAAUGCGGCCAUCACAGCGUACUCGCAGUGUGGGUCGGUGGCGGAUUCAAGGAAGAUCUUCGACAAGAUGGACCGCGUGAAAGAUCUGGUGACAUGGAACUCUAUGCUUGCGGCUUAUGCCUGCCAUGGCUUCACAGCGGACGCGAUCGAGCUCUUUGUCAGGAUGCAGAAGCUCGGAAUCGAUCCAGAUAUAUACACAUUCACCAGUGCGAUCAGUGCGUGCUUUGAGCAUGGGCAGAGUGGCAAUGGCCGGGCGUUGCACGCGGUAGCGAUCAAGAGGGGCUUCGAUGACGCACUGCAGGUGUCCAACGCGCUCAUCGCGAUGUACAUUAGACCCGGGGAGGAUGGCACGGUGGAUGAUGCCUGGAGAUGCUUCCGGUCCAUGGAACUCAAGGACUCCGUGUCCUGGAACUCGAUGCUCACCGGGCUUUCUCAGAACGGGUUGGGCGAGGCAGCAGCGAAGCUCUUUGCUCACAUGCGAUCCGUGCAUGUCGAGAUCGAUCACUAUUCAUUCUCUGCCACCUUAAGAUCCUGCUCCGAUCUGGCGGUCCUUCAACUGGGUCGGCAAAUCCACGGUUUAGCCCUGAGGUCGGGCUUCGCCGCCAAUGAAUUCGUCGGUAGCUCUUUGAUCUACAUGUACUCCAAGUGCGGCGUCCUCGACGAUGCGCGACAGGCGUUCGACGAAACGCCCCAUGGUAGCUCCGUGACGUGGAACUCCAUGAUCUUUGGGUACGCGCAGCAUGGGCGAGGCCGAACCGCGCUUCAUCUCUUCUCUAAGAUGCAAGAACAAGAGGUGUCGCCUGACCACAUAACGUUCGUGGGAUUGAUCACCGCAUGCAGUCACACUGGUCUUGUGGAAGAAGGGUCCCGAUUGUUGAAGCUGAUGCAGCCAGCGUUCGGAGUUCCAUUGAGGAUGGAGCAUUAUGCGUGUGGGGUUGAUCUCUUCGGUCGAGCGGGCCGCCUCGACGAAGCGAAGAAGCUGGUAGAGUCGAUGCCCUUCCAGCCCGACGCGAUGGUGUGGAUGACGCUGUUGGGUGCAUGCAGAAUUCACGGCGACAUGGCGUUGGCGAGACGUGUGACCGAGCACUUGCGUCUGUCGGAGGCGGAACACCACUCCACCUACGUCCUUCUGUCGCACAUGUACUCCGGUCUUGGACUGUGGGCGGACAGAGCCACGGUUCAGAAGACGAUGAGGAGCAGAGGCCUAAGCAAAGUCCCGGGAUGGAGUUGGAUAGAGAUCACGAACGAGGUGCAUUCUUUUAAUGCAGAAGACAGGUCGCACCCUCAGUCGUCGGAGAUCUACAGGAUGUUAGAAUUGUUGAUAGAGGUGAUGGAGACAGCAUCCUUUUUUGAGAUCGAGGUGUUGGAUUCGAUCCCCUAGGACUUCGAUCCCAAGACCUUGGCACCUUGCUAUCCAUCAAUGAUCAUUAUCCGUCCUUACACGGGUCUUCUCUGCACCACACCAACAAUAAAUAAUGCUCGAAGAUCCACAAAUUAUAAAUCACUAAGCAUGGGACAUUGAGAUCUUUACAGCUCCUAAUUGGAUCAUGCUCCUAAUCGAGUUGUAUAAGUACAUAAAAUCUAAGGUCAUAUGUGACAUACCGGUGGG